AUGGCCUGGCAGCUGAGCCUUCCUGAGCUGGAGGAACGGCUGCGCUGCCCCGUGUGCCUAGAGGUUUUCACGGAACCCCGGAUGCUGCCGUGCGGCCACUCCUACUGCGGGACCUGCCUGCUGGCGCUGUCCCGCCACCUGGGCGCUGAGCUGCGCUGCCCCGUGUGCCGCCAGGAGGUGGCCGGCAGCGGCUCCCCGCCCAACGUGUCCUUGGCGCGGGUGAUCGACGCCCUGAGAUGCCCCCCAGCCCCGGAGCCCAAGGCAUGCGUGCAGCACCGCGACCCGCUCAGCCUCUUCUGCGAGGACGACCGCGAGCUCAUCUGCGGCCUCUGUGGCCUGCUGGGCGCCCACCGCCAGCACCGCGUCACACCUGUCCCCGCCGCCUACAGCCGCAUGAAGGAAGAGCUGGCAGCGCUCAUGUCAGACCUGAAGCAGGAACAGAAGGAGGUGGAGGAGCUGGUGGGCAGGCUGGUGAACAACAGGACCCGCAUCCUGAACGAGUCGGACGUCUUCAGCUGGGUGAUCCGCCGCGAGUUCCAGGAGCUGCACCGGCUGGUGGAGGAGGAGAAGGCGCGCUGCCUGGAGGGGGUGCAGGGCCGCGCCCACGGGCUGGUGACCUCCCUGGACGCGCAGCUGGAGCAGGUGCGGGGCGUGCAGAAGCGGCUAGGCCAGGCUGAGCAUGCGCUGGAGCAGUUCAGCAACCAGAGUGAGCACGAGUUCAUCCGGAAGUUCCACUCCUUGGUGUCCAGGGCAGAGCUCCUUCGGACCCGACCCUUGGAAGGCACCUUCAAUCCCAUCUCCUUCAAGCCCGGCCUCCACCAGGCUGACAUCAAGCUGACAGUGUGGAAACGCCUCUUCCGGAAGGUUCUGCCAGCCCCUGAGUGUCUGAAGCUGGACCCAGCCACAGCGCACCCGCUGCUGGAGCUAUCCAAGGGCAACACGGUGGUGCAGUGCGGGCUCCUCCCACAGCGGCGUGCCAGCCAGCCCGAGUGCUUCGACUGUAGCGCCUGCGUGCUGGCCACACACGGCUUCUCCUGUGGCCGCCACUACUGGGAGGUGCUGGUGGGCAGCAAGAGCGACUGGCGCCUGGGUGUCAUGAGGGGCACGGCACGCCGCAAGGGCAAGCUGGGCAGGUCCCCCGAGCACGGCAUGUGGCUGCUUGGCCUCAAGGAGGGCCGGGCCUACGAGGCCUUCGGCUGCCCGCGCGUGGCCCUGCCCGUGGCUGGCCAUCCCCAGCGCAUUGGGAUCUACCUGCACUACGAACGCGGUGAGCUCACCUUCUUCGACGCCGACCAGCCCGAUGACCUGCGGCCUCUCUACACCUUCCAGGCCGACUUCCAGGGCAAGCUCUACCCCAUCCUGGACACGGGCUGGCAUGAGCGGGGCGGCAACUCCCUGCCCCUGGUGCUGCCCCCGCCCGCUGGCCAUGGCCACCCGGGCCCCCCGCAGUACCCCAGGCCCUAGGGGUCUGUGGUGUCCACCGGCUCCUCGGGCUGUGCCCUCAAGUUUCAUGUUCCUGGAGGCACUCAGUGACAGGCCAGAAAGGACCUCAGCCAAGGCUGAGCCUCCAGCACUCUGCCAGAGUCAGAGCCAGCUCUGGGGUCUGUAGGUCAAGUUGGGGAUCCCUUGGUCUCUCCCAACCUGCCCUCUGAGUAUAUUCCUUCCAGUAAGGAUAGAAACACACCCACUUGGGGUUUUUCCUGUUAUAAUGAACUUAAUAUGACUCCAGAUUAAUAAAUCCGAUGUCUUUUCUUUUUC